CAAACAAGGAGAGACUAUUGAACGAUUUUUAGGUAUUAAGCAUGUCCCGGACACAACAUCUGCUUCUUUAAAGAAGGCAUUGUUGGAGGUUUUUGCAAAACACGGUCUGGUUGUUGCGCGACUACGAGGGCAAGGGUAUGAUGGGGAAUCUAAUAUGAGAGGAGAAUUCAAUGGCCUUCAGAAGUUAAUUCGAGAUGAGAACCCAUAUGCUUUCUAUAUCCAUUGCUUUGCCCACCAACUGCAGUUGGUAGUUGUUGCUGUUUCGAGAUGCUGCAAGGGUGUUGAGGAUUUUUUUGAAUAUGUGACCAUGAUAUCUAAUCUCAGUACGUCAUCUUGCAAGAGGAAGGAUAAAUUGCUUGACAAGCAAAAACAAGUUCUUUUGGAUAAGAUUAGGGGAGGUGAGAUGCCCACAGGAAAAGGGAAAAAUCAAGAAACAUCAUUGGUCAGACCUGGAGAUACAAGAUGGGGCUCUCAUUACACAACCUUAUCUCGCAUUGAAUCAAUGUGGGAUGCAGUCAUAGAAGUUUUGGGCAUUGUUGAGGAUGAUGUGCGUGUUCCAUGUAGAGCAGGAGGUUUGGUUCAUCAAAUGGAGACUUUUAGCUUUGUGUUCAUCCUGAAGAUGAUGCUAAAGAUCCUUCGUAUGACAAAUGAUUUGUCUCUUCUAUUGCAAAAGAAGGAUCAAAAUGUUGUUCAGGCAAUGUCAUUGGUUACGGAUGUGAGAACACGUUUGAUCAACUAGAGAAAUGAUGGUUUGGAGCCACUCUUGGAAGAUGUCAAAGCCUUUUGCACCAAAAACAACAUUCCAAUACCAAAUAUGGAUGACAUGUUUACAAAGUGGGGAAAAUCAAGAAAAGGUGGACGAAACAAUAUCACAGCUGAUCAUUUUUUCGUGUGGACACAUUCUAUGCUGCCAUAGACUCCAUCACCACAGAGUUUGAUCAUCGUUUUAAUGAGGUAUCUUCAGAGCUGCUCCAGAACUUCUCUUGUCUUGACCCAAGAAACUCCUUUUCUAGGUUCAAUGUGAAUAAGCUUGCUAGACUCACAGAGAUUUAUUAUGAGGAUUUCUCAGAUUAUGAAUGUGAACAUAUAGUUGAUAACCUCGACCUAUUCAUUAUCCAUAUGAGAAGAAUUGAAGAAUUUAGAGCUUGUCAUGAUAUUGCAAGCCUAGCUAAAAAGAUGGUUGAACUUGAAAGGCAUGUCAUGUUUCCUGCUGUUUAUCGCCUCAUUGAGUUGGCAUUGCUACUACCGGUAGCGACGGCAACAGUUGAAAGAGCCUUCUCAUCAAUGAAAAUCAUCAAGACUGAGUUGCGCAGCAAGAUGUCUGAUGGCUGGCUUAAUGACUUGAUGGUGUGUUACAUUGAGCGAGCGAUCUUCAAAAGUAUUGAUCUUGAUAAAAUUAAGGAAGAUUUUCAGAAGGAAGGUAGGGCACUGCCAUUGCCUGGGUCUUCUACACGCCAUUAAAAGCUUCAUUAUCGGUAUGUUUUAGGUUGUUUUCCUAUUGAGACAUGACUACAUUUCCAUUGUAUUUGGUUAUUCGUUCGUAGUGUGUAACUGUGUAUUGUUAGUGUAUUGACUCUUUGAUUCGCAUCAAAAAAAUCUUAAUAAGAC